AGAGUAUCUCAGAGUGUCUCAGUACAUAGGCGAAGAGCUGAACAUGUAUUUUACUUUGUUUCUUUCCAUUUUCAUUUCCACAUUCACAUUGUUUGCUUGUCAUUUCUAGAUAUUUUUAUAAUUCAAGUUCUCUGCUCUCGGUUGUUGGGUUAUAUGAACCGUGUAUACUCCCAUAUAUGUUGUUGAAGAAAAAAAAAAAUGUGUAUUUUAUUAAAUAAAUUUGUAUAUUUUGAGUCAAAAAUUUAAUAAAGUGUUCUGGUCUUUUUAAAAGCAGUUAAAUAUCACAAAAAAUGAUUCGAUCACUAUUAAAAUCAUAAAAGAAAAAAUAUAUCUUUUGUUAAUUAGAAUACCAUUUUUAAGCAUAAAAAGCAAAAAAAAAAAAAAAAAAAAAAGUAGUUCGUGUCUACAAAAGAAUAUAGUAUGAAGUGAAACCGAAAAUCAAUUAAGUGCAUGCUUGUUUAUAUUCGAAAAAAAAAAUAGUUAUUUAAAUAUACUAAAGCCUCUAUAUAUAUAUCGUUUUUUAUGUGUAAGGUGUGGUUCAAGCAAUGGAAUCAAAUCAUCAAAGUUUUUUUUUUUGUAUUGUUCCAAUAUCAAAAUCCUGAGAGCAAGCUUUUAAAGUUAAGCCAAUGAUGGCAUAUUCGACAAGUACACAUAGUAAGUUUGCAUCUAAAGUUUACAUGAAUAAUAAAUAUGUGCUUCGACAUUCCGAGGCGAUCGGUGAUACUCCAAAAAAUUGCAAACAUAUGUUGUUGCAGUUGGAGCAAACGAAAUCCUGUCAUAGUUUAAGCAACAGACUGUUUAAAAUCAUGUCAAUUCAUUGGAAACAAAAUAAAUGCAUUAUCUUAUGCACAACGUGUAUACUAUUAAUUUUUGGAUUAGUAAUAUUUUUAUGUUUACCAAUGAGGAAAUCUAGAACUCAGCCAGUAUUCUCAUAUAUAAAUGAUAGUGUACAAAGCUCCAUCGACAAUAAGAAAAUGAACAACACUGACUGGAUAGUUCAAGACUAUACUGAAACAAAUAAUGAAGAUUUAGACAUGGAGAAUUUAGCUAGUGAUUUUGUGAAACCAAUAAAGGUGCAUAAUUGUUCAUUAAAUUCUGAUGACCUGCUUUAUGAAUCUAAAAGGAACGAAAGUAAAAACGACUAUUUUUCAGCUUACAGCGUAACUGGGAAUUAUCGAAGUAAAUUCAAUCGGAUCUGGGAUCCACAUCCUGAAUAUAAAUUGACUGCCUUUGGAAAUAAUUUGCAUUUAGUUCUACAUCAGGAUAAUUCCUUCAUAACACCACACUCCUUUCGUGUCAUUCGAAUUUUAAACAACAAUACAGAAAUUCAAGAAGAUGAAGAUCACGUUUUGGGUUGUUACUACAAAGGCUACGUUCAAGGUGAUAAUCAAUCAGCAGUUGCAGUUUCCCUAUGUAACGGAAUGACAGGUCAUAUAAAAACGAGUUUUGGUUCACUUUUGAUACAACCAGUUAAUAAUUCCACCGAAUACGAUCAUGCCAUAUUACAUAAAGUUUGGAGACAUACCAAACGCCAUGUAAGAGUUCUUGUUCCAGAUGAUCAUAACUCAGAAGCUAAUUAUAAACAGAAGAAAUCAUUUUCUACGCUUAUUAGAAAAAGACGAAAUUUUGUAGAUACGCAAUUAUUUACAAUGGAAGUCCUAGUCGCAGUAGACAAAUCGAUGAGCGAGUUUCAUAGCUCGGAUUUAAAAACUUAUAUUCUUACCCUUAUAUCGAUUGUUUCCAAUAUUUUCGCGGAUGCUAGUAUUGGAAAUUCAAUAAAUAUAUCGGUUCCUACAAUUCUGUUGCUUAAAGAUGAUAUACAUACAUCGCGUUCCCAAAAAACUACAUCAGCAUCUCAGCUAUUAAAACAAUUUUGUUCAUUUUUAACGAAAAAAGGUAUUCAUUAUGAUACAGCUAUAAUGCUUACAAGAGAUCAAAUUUGUCGAAAUGAACGUGAAACUAAAUGUGAUACUCUUGGGCUCGCAGAAUUAGGCACAGUUUGUAAAAGGCAUUCCUGUUCAAUAGUACAAGAUAAUGGACUACCAGCUGCUUUUACUAUCGCUCAUGAACUUGGACAUAUACUUAACAUGCCCCAUGAUGAUGAUAACCGAUGUCUUGAUUUCAAACCAUAUGGAAAGAGUACAUUACACAUUAUGUCAAGUACAAUGGGAGAUGACAUUCAUCCGUGGUCUUGGUCAGACUGUUCAAGACAUUAUGUUUCAGAGUUCCUCGAAAAGGAAGACACUACUUGUUUAGAAGAUACUCCACAAGUAAUGGUUCCGAAUUUGAAUUUGAAACUUCCAGGCGAGCAAUACACUCUUGAUGAACAGUGUGGACUUAUACAUGGGAACCAUUCUAAAUAUUGUUCUAUAGAAGGCGAAUGUACACGACUUUGGUGUAAAGCCGAAAAGCAUCUACCUAGUUGUAGGUCAAGUAAUCUGCCAUGGGCCGAUGGAACACCCUGUGGAAAUCAGCGCACGCAUUGGUGCCAGCAGGGAAAUUGUCUGCCACGUGACAGGAUAAACCGUCAAGCCGUAAAUGGUGGUUGGGGUCCAUGGAGUGCAUUUACACCCUGUAGUAUGACUUGCGGUGGAGGUGUUCAGGAAUCCAAAAGAGAAUGUAACAAUCCUUUUCCCAGUAAUGGAGGCAAAUACUGUGGAGGAAGUAGAAAAAAAUAUAGAUCAUGCAACACACAGAAUUGCCCUCAAGGAUCGCUUGAUUCAAGGGAACAACAGUGCUAUGAUAUGAAUGGAAAUAAUUUUGGCUUAAAGGGCAUUGAUUCUUCAGUUCGAUGGAUACCAAAAUAUGGACUAAUUGGGAGAGACAAGUGUAAAUUAUAUUGCCGUUGGGAUACAACAAGUGCAUAUUUCCAACUUGGUGACAAGGUUAAAGAUGGAACAACAUGUUCUUUUGAUAGCUUCGAUAAGUGUGUGAAUGGUAUUUGCCGACCAGCUGGAUGCGACAAUGAAUUGAACUCCGUUGCAACAAUAGAUAAAUGCGGAGUAUGUGAAGGAAAAAAUAAUACGUGCGAAGAAUAUUCAGGGCAUUUUUACAAAUCAGACCUAUCGAACAAGACCAAUUCAAUGUAUUAUUACGUGACUACUAUUCCAAAAGGUGCCUCUAAUAUUGUGAUAACUCAACCUGGAUACCAUACUCAGAAUUAUAUUGUUCUUCAUAGUUCCAACAAAAAUUCUCUUUUAAAUGGAGACCGUGUGAUCAACGUUUACAGGUAUGUCUUUUUUUACGCUGGAGUAUCUUUCGAGUACAAUGGAUCAAACAACACUAUUGAAAAAGUCAAUAGCACAUAUUCUAGAAAAUUGAAAAAGGAUUUGAUUGUUGAAAUAAUCUCAUUGAAUAUAGAAUCUAUGAAAAAUGAUUCGAUACUUUUAUCAUAUUCAUACACUGCCGAAAAACGUAAUAAAUUGGAACCUUAUGAAUGGGAAAUGAAGGAUUGGAGUUCAUGUGACGCAUUAUGUCAAGGAUCAUCUUAUCAAACAGCUGAUUGCAUAAACACAAUAUCGGGACUCAAAGUUUCUCCACCUUUUUGUGAUUCUUCCAAGAAGCCUCGGGCUCAAUACAAAGCAUGCAACACGGACUGUUAUAUUACAUUAAAUGUAUCAAGUAUAUCUGAGUGUUCAGCAUCAUGUGGAAUGCUUGGAAAAAGACAUAAAACCUACAACUGUAUACAAACAUACUACGAAACAAAAGUAUCUCAAAUUGUUGAGCUUGCUUUCUGUGAGCCCAGAUUUGAAAUAACUUUUGAUGAGGAGUGUCGGGAAGCCUGCUGGGACUAUUCCGACUGGUCCCCGUGUUCGCAAACGUGUGGAAAUGGACAACAAAUAAGAUCUGUGGCAUGCUUCUUCAAUGGAAGUCAAGUGGAAAAUACUCAAUGUGAUAUCAAUAAAAGAUCAGGCUACAACGCUAGGAUUCGUUCAUGCAAUUUGAAUCCUUGUCAAGACUGGCUAACAAUUGCGGAGUCCGAGGACAGAAACAAUCAUUAUUGGAUAACUGGUGAAUGGGGAGAUUGCGAUGAUAACUGUGAAAAGAUCAGAACUGUAUCCUGUUCAAAUGGUAAUAGAUGCCCACCGGAAACGAAACCGAUUGCGAAAAAGAAAUGCUGUGUGAUAAAAUAUAUUCAGACUUGGUCUCCGUGCUCUGUAGAAUGUGGCGUCGGAACUAGAAGAAAAGAGUUCUUUUGUGCGAAAGUUUACAAAUCUGAGAAAAAAGGAUCGCGCAAUAAAAGGCAGCAAGUUGAUUCAAAAUACUGCAGUAGUCUUAGAGUACCAACACCAAAGCGUUUUAAAAAAAGUUGCAAGAUAACUUGCAAAUGGAUUUCAGAUGCCUGGUCAACAUGUCCUAGUAAUUGUCACAUUGAAUAUCAAACAAGAUCAGUUAACUGUACUAAUAUGGCUGGUAGACAAAUACCAGGCAAAUUUUGUGAAUCAACUAAAAAACCAGUACCAAAACAAAUGUGCUCACAUUGUGUUCGUAGAGAAUACAAAAUAACAAAGUGCAAUUGCGAAGGUUAUAGAAAAAGACGUGUAGUAUGUAGUGAUACUUAUGGAAAAACAAUUCAAUGUCCUAAUAGACAAAAAAUUCUAAAGGAGAAAUGUAGACCUCCUGAAGAAUGUUUUCCCAAAUCGUGUGCCGAUAUUAGACGGUCUCACAGAAUGCUUCAUGAUCGAGAAUAUACUAUAUUUAUAAAGCAAAAACCAAUGAAAAUUUACUGCCACAAAAUGAAUAGCAAGCCAAAAGAAUAUAUUACCCUGAAUCCUUCAGAAAACUAUUCAAUAUAUUAUGAUAAUAAAACAAAGUAUCCUAAUAUGUGCCCUCCGGAGUCGAGAAAUUUCGAAUACAAAGAUUACACAGUUAAAUUUGGUCGAACGCAUUUUCACAAAGUAGCAAUUGAUAUUGCGACCCUUCGUAUUAUCGAAAACGAUUUUACGUUUGCUGAUACUGUUGGAACUGAACAACCAUUUGGAUCUGCUGGUGAUUGUUAUAAUACGAAUGGAGAAUGUCCACAAGGAGACUUUUCUAUUAACUUUAAUAUGACGGGUUUCACCAUAAGUCCGAAAACUAGAUGGGAUAUGUUUGGGAAUAGAGCUGUUAUAAAAACACCAAAUGACUUUCAUCUUUCAAGCACGAAUCGUAGAGCGUUUUGUGGAGGAUAUUGCGGUCGAUGUGCAAUUUCAGCUCGUUUAGGUUUAGUUUUAGGCGUAUAGUUGGAAUAGUUCGAAUAUUAAAGGGUAAAUUCUUAUGUUAUAGAAAAAAAAAAAAACAUCUACUUCAUGUGAAUUUUUUUGUAAUUUCCUAAUAAAAUGCCAUUUCUUACA